GCACGCUCCUGUGUCCUCUGGCGCUGCGCUAGGGCCAUUCGGGAUCGAGACGCGUUUCCUUGAAUACUCAUUGUCCUGAGUACCCUGCUUUAAUAGUUAUCAAGCCGGAUCUUUUGUUUUGACGGUUAGACAAAUUUCAGGUCAGCCACAAAGGAGACUCCGAAAAGGACAACAUGUUUUUGAGUAUUGUGAUGGAAAGUGAACUUAAUUAUUAGACAAACUAUUUACUUGUUUACUAGAAAUAAGUUGAGUGUGAACUAAAAUGAAUUUAAUAAACGUAAUUUUGUAAAUUGACUUAACCGGUGCUUCGUGAGCGCUUGCCAAAUUGAUGCUUAUUCGCCCCUGAAGUUUUGCUACUGGACUAAACGACCAUCACUACUAGACGUUGAUAUUGAAACAAAGCCACAAGAUUCAGCAAGAAGAAUUUCUAAGGAUUAAUUGAAUACAACAAUGUGGAAUCCAAAUUCUUUUGCCUCAGUAUUAUCAUUUUUAUUGAACAUCUGGUUCAUCAAUGCUGCCAGACCAACUUGUGGUGGAACUUAUACUGCUCUACAUGGAGUCUUGACAACACCUAGUUUUCCAGGUCCCUUUGAAGUCCCAAUAAAAUGUCAGUGGGUAAUAGACGCUAGCAAUGUAGUUUCAGCAAACACAUCGAUUAUUGUUUACUUCACACAGCUAUUUACAUUUGAAGGUUUAACCUUCACCGAAUAUCAGAUAUAUGGAAGCGACUACAAAAUAAAUCCAAAAAUAAUUCACCAAGUAAACGAAACGAACAUAAUACGAACCCGCUGGAUACAGACUUAUCAAAGCUACUUGGUAAUCGAAUUGAAAAUGCAAUCGGCAGACUCGGCCCACAUUCGAGUUCUCGAUAGAUUUUUGGAUACCUAUGGAUUCAACUUAACUUAUGAGAUAACUACCUCUGGGGUUAGAACACCAACUUGCACUAUGAUGGAUUGCGGAUUUACCGGAGUGUGCUACGAUAAUUUCAAAAAAUUCAAAUGUAUCUGCUUUGAAGGUUAUUCAGGCUCCAAUUGCUCAGAGGGGCCGAAAUCAUUCUGCUACACCAACGGAACACCGACAUGCAAAAAUGGUGGGACUUGUUUGCACGUCGGAGUUGCGGCUGUUAAGUGUCACUGCUCCAAACUUUUCACCGGAAAUACCUGCGAGACUCCAUCCGAACCAGCAAACAGGGCUAAAGAUUGUUCAAAUUGUUCAAAGAAUUGCUCCUAUGUCGGCAAAGAGGAAAAUGCUUGUAGAUGUUUGAAUGCCAAACUCGACGGCUUUGGAAAACCAGGCUUUUUUGUAACUCUUCACCUGGGUAAUUUACCGGUAUUGGAUCCGAAUGAUUUGAAAGCCUUCAUAAGAUCUUAUCUUUUGGAACAUCUCCGAGAAAAUUUCUCGGAAAUCGAAGACUUGGAUAUCGUCGGCUUGAUCCAUUACAUGUCUGGUGCCGACGUUACCUUUCAAGUGUUCGGUCCCAAAAAGGAAGAAAAAAAAGUGAAAAACGCCAUUAACAAGUGGGCAGACCGGGGAUAUGUUGGUAACAUUACCGUUGCCGAGAAAGAUAACUCGAUAAAAACCCCGUUGUCGAUUCAGAGUGUAGACAUCAAUCAGCCUGGAGUGAUUAGAGAGAACGAUGAAUUUAUUCUUAGCUGCGUAGCCCGAGGAUCGCCUUCAAUUACGUUCCGCUGGUUCAAAUAUGAGACGUUCGUAAAUUUGACCUACACUCGGCACAAAUGGGUAAAACUGAUUAAGGACCCCCACGUGUCUGACCAGUAUACCGCGCUUCUGGCUGUGGAAAGGGCCCAGAAAUACGACGAGGGGAAAUUUACGUGUCAAGUUGAGGAUUUUAAUAUUCAGCAGUGCAUGUCGAAAUUUGUUAAAGUCAAAACAGGGCCGCUGGUGAAAAUAGAACCCAUGAGUUUGACUGUGAAAAAGGGACAAAAUUUUACUGUCAAAUGUGUCACGCUAGAAGAUAACGGUGGAAUUGGAGGAAAGUACACUUACAGUUGGACGAAAAACAAAGAACUUCUACCAGUUAAAACGAAUCAUGAGAAAUAUGAAACUUUGUAUCCCGCAGGAACCAUAUUGCAAAUAUCGGGUAUCGAUAAAGAUUCGCAAUAUUCCUGUUUAGUUCAAGACAGUACUAGUUCUUCCGAAAGAAGUAUCCAGGUAUAUGUUUUGGAUCGGAAAGGAAUUCACACGUGUUCUCAGGAAACAAACUAUGGACUUGUAUGGCCAGAAACUGCUCCCGAUACCGACUUUAUCCAAGAGUGUCCGAAAUACUUUUCUGGUAUAGUUUCGAGAACAUGUAGGCUAAGUGAUGGUAAAACACCUACCUGGAGAGUUCCCAAUUUCUCUCAAUGUACUAGCAAAGUUUUACAAGAAGUUUAUCAUCAGUUUCAACAAAUUAAAUUGGGAUAUGUGGCAACGAGCUUCGAAAAAUUGUUCUCAGGCAUAUUAAAUUAUCUCUCAUCAGUUGAGCUGCACCCUGGAGAAGGAGAGAGAGUUCUGCAUUUAGUCCAAGAAAUGCUCACGUUUAUCGGACAGACAAAAACUGAAAGUCACGCAAUACAAAAUUUGAGUCGCACUAUUUUUCCAGUUUUGGAUAUUAUUUUAUCAUCUCCAAAUGCUUUGAUAAAGUCCAAGGAAAUCAACCUGCUCCAGAAGAUUUUCUUCGAGCAACUAAAACUAUCCGGAUUUUAUUUAUCGAAACAGCCAGGAUUUACGGCUUUCAACUUAUCCCUGAAUUCGUCGGAUUUAACAGUUUUAAAAGCGACGCAAGGCCAAACGAUAUUCCACAUUCCUGCAGCUGGGAAAAAAUUAGGAGUGCAGACGUGGAUUACUUCAAAAUUAACAUACCAGAGAUCGGAACCAAUAAAUUCAGAUAUGUUUAUUGGAAUAAUUUAUCGAAAUCUAUCUUCCUUCUUUCCUUCGAAGUUAUUUUUGCGAAUACGAGAUGGCACCGAAAUCCAAUAUCAAAUAUUCUCACAAAUUAUGACAUUUGCCUCGGUUGCCCGAAACCAAUCUGAAAACAAUGAGGCCACCGUAACAGUGGACUUUCAGCACCGCUUCAGCACCGACGCCCUCAACGUCAGCCAGAACGAGCGGUGGGAAGUUAGAUGCGGCUACUCGGACUUUGGAUGGAUCGCAUAUUCAUGGGAUAUUUAUGCAUGCAAUCCGGAAUACAUCGACGAUAGGUCAACUACGUGUGUAUGCCCCAAGUAUGGAUCGUACGUGCUGAUGCUAGUUCGGACAAAUCCAGAGGAAACAAUAGCCUUCAAUGAACCUCAGAAGUACGUCCUCAUUUGCAGUUUUUUUCUUUGCAUCAUACUGACGCUGUUCACAACCAUUUGUCUGGGUGCUUCGUGUUUCCUUACCAAAUAUUCCUGCAUAAUUAUCCUAAAGUUGCAAUGUUCCAUAUCGAUAUUUCUUUGUGAAGUGCUGUUUGCUAUGGCAAUUUUGAUAGAACCACCACAGAAAUACAUGAUGGUCUACUUGACGUUCCUUGAGAUGUUUCUAUUGCUUGCUAUAUCGAGUCAUCUCAGCAAACUUCUGAUUGUUUUCACGGAAUUGAUAGAAGUUCCCAGAACAAUCUCACUGAAAUACACCGUGAUGGGAAUUAUAUCUGGCGUACCCCUCUUAACAAUAUUUGGAACUCAUCUUGCCUAUAAGACAAUGGACCUGAAUUUGAAAUCAUGGUGGAUGUCAGAAAACUCGUUGGCUUUCAAUAUUUUUCUGGCUGUACUUUCGGUAGUCACUGGACUAUUUAUUUUCAUUUACUUUUUGCUCACGAAGAAACUGAAGGAAUUGCUUGUUAGUCAAGAGAAGAAUGAAAUAGCAGUCAAAAUGAGAAUCGCCCUAAUUCAAAGAGCUGGAUGUCUAUUUUUCUUCCUAUUGAUAUUUGCUUUUAGCAGUAUUGUAUACAUAAAUGGACAGAAAUUGUUAUGGAAUAUUUACCAGUUCGGAGCCGCAAAUGCAGUAUUGGGGGUGGUUCUCACACUGUGUUACAUACUAAAAGCUGAAACAGAAUUCAGGAAGUUAUUUAGAAAAAGACCGGAAAAACAGGAGGCGUCUUUUUUCAACUUAGAUUCAACUGGACCGUUGCAAUUUAUGACCAAGCAUCCGGGAGAAUCGGAUAACCAGAGUGAUCAGCACCGUAAAGAAAUCCAACAGAUAUCACUCAAGUCCUUCGAAGCCACAAAAGCAACAAUUAGCAAAACCCAAAGCAUCUCCAACGCAUUCGAAAGCUGUCUACAAAGUAGUUCUAGCUUUUGCGAUAUCAGUGUCAAAGAGACAUCUUCAUUCCGGAAAGAUAAAAACCUGCCUGUCCAGGAAUCUUAUAACAAUAGUCCUCCAACUAAUAGACCAAUUAAUUGCUCUAGCGUGUUUUCUCAAUCCCCUGACAUUUUAACCACAAAAACCUGUGUCGGAUUAGAUUUAGUAGCUUCCAGUAUGUGCGUCACGCUGUCGAAAAUAGAGAGUUCUGGUGAACCGUCACCCCUUAAAUCAUUUUUAAAAAAAGACAAAAGACCAACAGAGCCCAAGACUGUUCGAAUAAUGUUUCCUCCGCAAGUAAUAAUUACAACGGAUGAUAAUAUUUCUAAAACAACUGAAGUUGAAAACGAUUCAAUGCAAACGGAAAGAACUCAACCUGAUGGUCAUACAGACAUCAGUACGAAUUUGGAAAUGUGCACUGAUGUGCAACAAGAGACAUCGCCAGUAUCAAAUGGGCAUCACGUAACAUUUAAAGAAGAUAAUCUUGAUGGAGUUUUGAACAGUAUAUCACAGGAUUUAGAUUAUUUGUUAAAUAGAAGCAAUGAGUCUGAGAGUGCAAUGGGAACUACGACGCUCGCCAGAAAACCUCCGAAACCACCGAGUGCUGGUUCACUGAAUACAGUGCCAGAACAUUUAAUUAAAAGUUGUGAAAAUAGUACAUGCACUGACAAUCUUAUAUUAAGAACAAACUGUUGAUUGAAUAAAGAACUAUCUAAAAUUUUUCAUAAAUA